GGGUUGGGACUAGAUCGGCAUCAUCGCGGGAGUACCGCAGUGGCCUGUUGAGUCAGCCUCUCCGGCCUGGCCGCAGGCUCGGUCUUGCAAGUCCCGGCAUGCAGCGGGGCCGCAGGGCCCGACGGGAGCCGGGAGGCGGCCGGAAGCCGUUCCUGCUCUGCGGUUUCUGUGUUCUUCCCUGCGUGGUGGAAAUCUCUUAGGAAACUAGACUCGUCGGCGUGCCUGGGCACCUCCGCGUUAAAUCUGCAAUUACUCAGUAGGCCGUACUCAUCUUGCCCUCAGGAACUUUUAAAUCUAUCAGAGAAGACGAGGCGGUAGAACUUGAUCAGUCACUACCCGGAAAGAGGUCUUGAGGGGAACUGAAAGGAGAGAAUUUAUCAGAGAAGUGUGUUUGAACUGGCCCUUGAAAGAUGUUUGGCCAGGGCAUCCCUCUGUGAAGGAAAGAAGAACUUUGGUUGGAGCAGAGUAGCCAGAUCAUAGCAGAAGUUAAGAACAUCAUAUUUUGUUCGAUUUUUCACAAUAGAAAAUAACAGCAAAAUAAGCCAAGAUGUCUGUUGAUCCAAUGACCUAUGAGGCCCAGUUCUUUGGCUUCACACCACAAACGUGCAUGCUCAGGAUCUACAUUGCAUUUCAAGACUACCUAUUUGAAGUGAUGCAGGCUGUUGAACAGGUUAUUCUGAAGAAGCUGGAAGGCAUCCCAGACUGUGAGAUCAGCCCAGUCCAGAUUCGCAAAUGCACAGAGAAGUUUCUUAGCUUCAUGAAAGGACGUUUUGAUAACCUUUUUAGCAAAAUGGAGCAGCUGUUUUUGCAGUUGAUUUUGCGUAUUCCCCCAAACAUCUUGCUUCCUGAAGAUAAAUGUAAGGAGCUACAUCCUUAUAGCAAGGAAGAAUUUCAGCAUCUCCAGAAAGAAAUUGACCAGUUACAGGAGAAGUAUAAGACUGAAGUAUGUACUAAGCAAGCCCUUCUUGCAGAAUUAGAAGAGCAAAAAAUUGUUCAGGCCAAACUCAAACAGACAUUGACUUUGUUUGAUGAGCUUCAAAAUGUUGGCAGAGAUCAUGGGACUAGUGAUUUUAGGGAGAGUUUGGUGUCCCUGGUUCAGAACUCUAGAAAACUACAGAACAUUAGAGACAAUGUGGAAAAGGAAAGCAAAAGACUGAAAAUAUCUUAAUUUCUAAAUAGUAAAAAUAAAGAGCCUGUCAAAAAGAAUGAUAAGGAAUUUACACCAAUGACUGUUCAAGUGAACUGUAUAGUGUAUUAGAUUUUCUUUGUUCACUCUUGUAUUCUACAUCUUCCUCUUUUUUGGUCCACUCUCCUGAAGUGUCUAUGUACUACCUUGAACUAGUCAGAAGCAUCUGUUCUUUAGAGGCCUCUCAUAGGUGAGAAGGGAUUCUUGAUUUAAUAACAGUUUAUUUGGGGGCAUGAUUGGGCAUGAUUGAAGAAAUAAGCCACGGCCAGUAUUUGUAGAGUUGUACCAUGGUCAUGAGCCCUUUGUGACCUUGAUUCUUUUGGCUUAUUCUUUGGAUGAGACCAAAUGAGAAAAGGGUUAAACGGGUGGCUUCUUUAUUUACCAGUCAUUACGCUAUUGGG